AUGUCUGAUAUAAAAGAAGGUCGCAACUUUAUCAACAAGCUUUUGGUGAGGGAAAUUAAAGGAAAAGUUUAUGAAGAACGAAACGAUGAUCUAUCGACGAUUGCACAUUAUUGCCAAGUAUUGUCUUUGCACCUUGUAAUGAAAGAAGCCGUGGUGUUUUUAGGAGCAGGUAAGUUUUUUUGGAAUUAUCGGGAUGUAACUUGAACAUUAGACAUUUUUGAAAACAAAAACUGAUUUCGAAAAGAUUAUCAAAAGAAAAGAAACUGUGAAACAUUACGAUAAAUCUUGUUUUUUUCAAAAAAUCUGAAGUCGAGGUAUGUUCAACGGUUUUUUCCUUAGAUAUUGCACUUUUUUCCAAAAAGCUCAACAUUUUUAAAUCAAAAUCAUCAUUUUUCUUUGAAAAAAAAAGAAUAGUGACUUUACUGAAUCACGAGACUGGACAAUUUUUCGAAAAGAAUUGUCAUAUUUUUUAAUUAACGUGAUUCACUGAAUAAUUGUUUGCGCAAACUUUUGCAAAUGUCAAAAAAGCAUCAAUUAGUUUAAUGAAUACAAACUUACAACAAUUUAUGGCUUAAUUAUAAAAAUGUUUGGCAUCAGAGGCAAAACAGAUUUGAAAAGUUGCGACUCCGAAAAUUCACAUGAAUAUUUUACAAAGAAUCUGAAAAGUGAGGACACUUUUCUUGAAAUCAGGAUUUCAAGCGAAUCUCAAAGUAUCUCAUCGUUUUCAACGAAUACUUGAAAAAUAUUAUCGAAACACGAGAAAGCAUUAUAUUUAUUAAUCAAUGAAUUCACCAAGACAAAAGGUUAUCAAUAUUGUGUUCGUAUUUCAGAGGUGCUCUAUGACACUGGACUGGAUGAUGCCAAAUGUGUCGAAGAAUUGAGACUUGGUUCAGUUCAUAAUGCAAUCAAUAUAUUAAUAGAGAAAAAGCUGUUAAGGUUUGUAACCUUCUUGUGUUUGUUUCAAAUAAUUCUUCAUUUUUUCAGAGCGGUAAUAACUGAGAAUCCAUUCAGUUUCAUUGUACAAGCUGAACCAUCUGAUAACAACAAAGACCCUACUCGUAUAAUAAAUUUAAAUGGAAGUAUUGCAGUCUCGUAUUGCUACACUUGCCGAAGGUUUGUUCAACAAUUCUAAGAAAACUCUUUGAGAGAAAAAUUUUCAGAGAAUUCCACAACUACAAAGAUCAACCUGGAAAACCCGGCAUAUGUAGUUCAACGCCAGGCGGCCGUGGUCGCUGUCGUGAUCGCUGUCGUGGUAGAAUUGGGAAAAAAUAUCCAUCUUGUUUUGCAAAGGAUGAAUUUGAAAUGGGAAAAGCAAAAGCUGAAAUAAAUGUAGGUUUAUUUUGAUAUGCUGAAAAAUGAAGCAAUUCACGCUAUAUGACUGUACGAAUUGAGCAAGUGUGAAGAAACCGCGUAUAAAUUAUGUGCCCACGGCACGCUUCUAACAGCAAAAAAUCUUCUCGAAAUAAAUUAAAUUUUUUUUCAGAAAUGCCGCAUAAUAAUUUUUAUUGGAACAAAUUUAGUCAACGCAAGAACUGCGAGGUUGUUCAAAUAUGCAUUCAAACUUGGUAAACCAAUUUAUAUCAUGAAUUCAACUGAAACCAAAUUUGUAAGUUCUCACUUGCAAUUUUUCACUGUUUAUUUUCAUGAUCAUGUUUUAGGAUGAUUUACUUGAUAACCGUCUUUAUGGUCACGUUGGCGAGUUGACAAAUAUGCUUAUGCGAUACAUGGGUGAAGGAGAACCAGUACCUCAAGAACCGGAAGACGAUGAAGGUUAUGGAGUUGCACCACGUCAAGAACCUGAAGAUGAUGGAGAAUAUGGAGUUGCACCACGUCAAGAACCUGAAGAUGAUGGAGAAUAUGGAGUUGCACCACGUCAAGAACCUGAAGAUGAUGGAGAAUAUGGAGUUGCACCACCUCAGGAGCCUGAAGUAGACUAUGGUCGAGGCGACCCUCGCCCGGAAUAUCAUUUGCGUGAAUCUCCACCUCCUCCACCAUUUCCUCGUAACAAUCACUACAAGCUAGAAGUUGUUUUAGACGAUGUUGUUCAAAAUAAUGAACAAGAGCCAAUGGAAGAAGAUGAAACAAAAGAAGAAGCAGAAGAAGAAGAAGAAGAAAAUGCACCAGGACCUGCUCCACCAGCUGAACCAUUUCGACAAAUCAAAGAAGAACCAAUGGAAGAAACAACAGAGGAUGAAGUUGUUGGAAAACAAGAUCAAGUAAAACAAGAAGAUCCGCAAGUCGCACCACUCGAUAAGGUGAAGAUCGAAAAUAUUGAAGAAAAUGAGCAACAAGUUGAGCAACGAAACGAGCAAAAUCAACCAGAUGAGCUGGAUGUCAAGCCAAAUGUGAAUGAAGAUAUUGUUGAGAAUCAUCAAGAUAUGGAUUUUCCUAGAAUGAAUGAAUUCAUUGAACCACACCAACCAAUCGGAAACCCGGUCAAUGCUGCAAUUCCUGAGCAACAACAUAAUCAAAAUGUGAAUGCUUAUCAUUAUGGAUUUGACCAGUUUCAAGAGCAUCAACAUGUUACUUUUGCGCAAUCAGCGGAUACCUAUAAUCCACAACAACAACCGAAUGCUUUACCGUCAUUUGAGUUCAGACCAGCUAUGGGAGAAGGAGGAAAUCCAAUGAAUUAUGGGCCACCACAAAACUACUAUGGUGGUCAUUUUGCUCAAAAUUAUCCAAACGAACCGCAACACUUUGUUGAGCACAACACACAUUUUCACAGAGGUGAUGAAACUUUUGAAGCUCGAAUUGAUGUCGAACCUGCUCCAAGCACACAACAAGAUAGAGAGUUAUCCCAAGUCGCAGGAAUCUCACUUCAAAUACAAAGAGAACGUCACACGCUGGAUGAGCAAAAUUUAACUCAAGAAGAAACUGGUUCAGACCUUGAGACGGGAAAUAGUUUCCGACAAGAUGAUGGUACUCGAGGAGAUGAACAACAACCACAAGAAAAUUCGCCAAGCUUCUCUGAAACGAGCAGUUCAACUGAGACACAAGAUGAACCAUUUGCUCGAGUUGUUAGUGGAAUUGUGGAGGCGGUUCAUGAGGAACAUCAAAUGCAGCAACAAUAUCAAGGGCCUAAACAAAACGCCCAAGCACCGCAAUUGAAUCGUGACGACUUUGAUGAAGAACUCGAACAAAUUGUAAGUUUUUAAGUAUAUUUUUUUUGGUGAAUUCAAUUUUUAAGCUCGAAAACAUUCCUGAAGACAUGUUAGCAAUCGGUGUUUAUCCAGCCAAUCAAGAAGAUCAAAUAAUGGAAGUAGAUCAGCAACAAAACACAAACAUGUGA